AUGGAUGUUGGCGAUGGGGGUUUGGCUUCGGAUUUUGCAGUGCCAGCGGGCCGAAUCCGGAAACGGCGAUUUUCGAGUGCGCGCAUCCAACCGGUAAGUGUAACUGUCAAGUGUAGAGAUUUCCCGUUUCCAGACUCGAAUCAAGAAGGUGAUGCAGAGUGAUGAGGAGAUUGGGAGGAUGGUUCAUUCCGUUCCAGUCGCGUUGGGUAGUGCCAUGGAGCAUUUUGCGGAGAAAUUGCUGGAAUGUGCCGCUCAGAGCGUGCAGUUCUCUUCGGCGAGGACGCUGACUCCCUCUCAUAUGUGAGUUUAUUUAUAAAUUAUUGAGUUAUAUUUUUAGACGCUAUGCUAUUAUGAAAAAUCGACAUUUCUCGUUCUUGGAUGAUCUCACGAAAGAAGUUCCCAUGCUUCGGCUAAACACCGAUUCUGAUGCUUUCAUAGACACAGUACUGUCUGGUGAGUACUUAUAUAAUCUUCAUUGUCUGAAUUAUUUUUGGUAUGGAGAUUAGUUUUAUAAUCUGCCGUUUAACAAAACGAUUUUUAUACUGGUUCUGUUUUUAGACAUUUUCGUGUGUCAGGGAUUUUACGCUUUUAUGGGUUCCAGGCUCUGUUUGUAUAUAACAUUAAAUUAAAUCGAAUUUCAGGAGGCCAGAAUCAAUUCAAAAGCCCUGCAGCCUUACAGCAGCGGGAUAAUCUGAGCGCUCUCCCUCUCAAUUCUCUUCCAGUUACAUCUCAAACCAAUUCUUCCGAUCUCAACCCAAGUUCGCUGAUAUCUCAAAAACAAUAUGCCCCAAAACAACCGUCUUAUCAAACGCCCAGUACAACUGCCUCAGGGGAUGAACAACCCGUUAAAAGGAAAAGGGGACGGCCGCGGAAAGACAAAAGUGACAGGUAAGUGGUGUAGGUCACUUUUGGUUUAACGUCAAGUCUUUUUGAAGUCGAUUUUUUGAUUUAGAUUUGUAGACUCGAGUGAAAAUGCGAUUGCCAGCGGGAUUUCGCCAUCAGACGCUACCAAGAUGGACAUGGACAAGGUCUUAAUGCCGCCGCCAUCAAUUCCCACAGGGCGAGCAAGGCGGCCGUUUCUUCGACCCGGUUCCAAUGAUUCCGGUGGAUCUUCACCGCCCUCCAACACAGCAACGUUAACGGCGAUGUAG